GAUGAAAAUGUCAGUUUAUAAUUCCAGGCAAAGCUAAGGUAACCCAAUGUAAACGUCAAAGGACAACCUUAAAUAUUUGUAGAGAAAAUCAAGAAAAGAAAUUUAAUUAGCUCCUUCACGAUGAAGGAGCCUGAAGCAUUACAGGCAAGUGUUCUUUGAAUCUCUCCACCGAGCCCAAUCAGCUAGUUUUCCUUUACACGUGUCAGUCACCCAAUUCCUUUGCUCUGAAUUGACUCGGCUUACUUGGCGCUGGAACAAUGACGUACGCAUUCCCAACCACUUCAGUACAUAUACAGGUAACUGAAAGCUAUGAUAAUUUGUUUGGUACGCAAGAAUUCCCUUCUGCGCAACACACAGAUUAAGAAUGGAGAAGGAAGCAACGGACAAGAAAGUUACCAUGAGAAGAUCAAGAAAAGGGUGCAUGAAAGGGAAAGGAGGACCAGAAAAUGCACUGUGCACUUAUAGAGGAGUAAGGCAAAGGACAUGGGGCAAAUGGGUAGCUGAAAUUAGAGAACCAAAUAGAGGAAACAGGAUUUGGUUAGGUACUUUCAACACUUCACAUGAAGCUGCUAAAGCAUAUGAUCAAGCUGCAAUCAAACUCUAUGGCUCCUCUGCUACACUUAACUUGCCACAUAAUUAUGAUCAGCAGCGGCAGCGGCAGGAAGAGGAGGAGGAGGAGGAGGUACCGUUUAGCAAUAGAAGUACUACUCCUUUGUCUAGUAGUUUUGCAAGUGCAUGCCCAGAUUAUGUUGGCACAUGUGGCGGCAGUACUAAUAGUAGUUGUAGGGAUCAACCAAGUGCAACAAAUUUAUUUUUAUCAUCAAUAGGUGCAGAUGCUUCUGGAUGUGGGAUUAGUGGUGGUGAGGGUUCAUCAGGUGAUAUGAAUGCCUAUUGGCCUGAUUUUGGCUUUGGUGAGAAUUAUCAUUUCUUGGAGACUAAUGAUUUUGGAGUUGCUGCAAUGGGUGGAGAAGGGUUCAAUUGGGAUGGCUCUCGAGAUCUUUGGAGCUUCUAAAUUUUGACCCACUUUUUCUUUUUAGUAGAAAUUUAGUACUAUAUAUAUGUAAGUAGUGUUGUUUUUCUUUUUUUAAUUUUCCCCCUGUCUUCUUCUUCUUCUUCUUUUUGCAAAAGCAAUAUACAUCAGGAUACUAGGGUUAGUAGUAGUACUACAGAGGAGCCUUUGAGAGGUGAGUACAAGAUUUUGGUAGUAUUAUACUUCACAAAGGGGUGUGAGAGAUUUACCAAUGGAACAAAUGCUUGUAACUGUUUUAUAGUUACUUCUGUUCCUUUCUUCUCCUUUUCUUCUUAGUUUUGUUCCCUCCAAAGGAUUGGCAUAUGUGGACGUUCAUUUCCUUAUUCUCAAAA